UCUGAUUCACCUGGCUUUCUCAUAGCAUUUAUUAAGGGGCUUCCUCCUCAGUCCUAACAGAGUCACACUCUGCUUUGCUUUAGAGCACAUCACCACUACAAAAGGCAGCAACUGCAGUAUUUCAGAGCUCUUCACUGUUAACUUCAGGAAGAUCAUGAUGCCACUACAGAUAAUAAUUUGUGCAAUUUUAUGUCUGUCUUCUGCUCUGACUAUUGCUGUAGAUGUUCAAGAGCUGGAUAAUCAGAUACUGGUGACUGGAGAAGUUACCUUACCAGAUUGCAAGCUAAAAGAAUAUACGAGGUGGGAUAAGCUGAUGACAAUGCUGGAAAACUCUCACAUGAGACAGAAUAUGCUGCUUCAGGAAUUUGAAGAAGUUAAGGUGGCACUACAGACUGUGAAAGAAGACCUUUGGCAGAUGAACACAACAGGAUCAUGUAGUGACUGCCUUAAGAGCAUUACAACAGAUUUUUCAAGCCUGCUGGACUCCAAGUGUCAUCCUGAUAACACUGUGAAUAAAAAUGCGGAAAAAUCAAUUGCUCUAAAUCUGGACAUAGCAGACAGACUUGAAGGCAUUGAAAAUCUCUUGAAGAAAAGAGAAGACGCAGAACAGGAUAAACCAGAAUGCCCAGACAUACUAAAAAAUUCAGCUUUGGUAGACAAAUUAGAUCUACUCUAUGGAGAUUUCCAGAAUAUGCAGGACUGGAUCCACCAACGCAGAUUACCUUCAGCAUUUGUUUGUUCUCUUCUUUUUCCAGGUUGUGACACGGCAAUACUGUUUCCAAUGAGAUCACCAAAAAUUUACGCAAGCGUGCACCCAGCAGAUAUGUCCCUCCGGGCCUUUACGUUUUGUGUGUGGACUAAAGUGACAGAAGCUUUGGAAAAAACUAUCGUCAUAUCCUAUGGCACCAAACGCAACCCUUAUGAAAUCCAGUUGUAUUUCAACCGAGAUUCCCCUGUCCUGGUUGUGGGUGGCGAUGAGAACAAGAUAACUGCAAACAAUACACUCGUACUAGGAGAGUGGUCACAUGUGUGUGGUACAUGGAAAUCUGAAGAUGGCGAAACAACAUUAUGGGUCAAUGGAGAAAAGAGAAUGGUCACUUAUGAAGUGGCUCAGGGUCACCUCAUCCCUGGCAGGGGCAUAUUACAGCUUGGUCAAGAGAAAAAUGGCUGCUGUGUUGGAGGAGGUUUUGAUGAAUCAUUAUCAUUUUCUGGAAAGAUCACAGCCUUUAACCUGUGGGAUGCUGUCCUCAGUGACAAAGCCAUUUUAAACACCACAGGAGAAUCUGGCUGUAAAAUGCGGGGGAAUGUUGUUGGAUGGGGCACAACAGAAAUUCAACCGCAUGGGGGAGCUCAGUAUAUUGAUUAGCACUGCUAGCUAAAAAAAACACAUGCUAAGAUAUAAAUUAAAGGUGAAUUCCAAUGAAAACUUUUAUGUAAAGAGGAAGAUAAGAGUAAGAACUGAUAGUAAUGAAAGUCCCAUCUGGUAAAGUUCCUGUCUCUAACACACUGAGGAUGAUUCAAUAGAAAUGCAGUAAAGAAAAUGAGAAGACAAUUGUAGGUUUUGCCAAUAGCAACCAAUUGCAUUUACCUUAAAUGUAUGAACAAAACAACAAGCAUGUGAAUCAGUUACUAUAGGCAACAACUCCACAUGUGUUCUCAUU